AUUCUGUCUAUGAAGUUUCUGUUGUGACAGAGCGUAGGCGAUUCUUUAAUCUUAUUAAGGGAGAAAUUAUAAAAAUAAAAGACACUCGCUUCUAUACUUUAGUUGUAUUUUGACAAAGCUCUGAUACAAAUCAGUUGGCAAUCAAGUUAUUCAAUCAUGAGAAUUCAGUUGGUGAUUUUAUUUUUUAUUCUUUGGGUAGCAUUGUCUGGCGGUAAGAAAACAAAAAGAACAGUGAAGAUACCCGCUUUAAAAAAACUCGUCAGACAGGUAAAGGAAGCCAAGAAUAUCAUCAGGACAUGGAAUGCGGUAAAAAGAAUUUUGCUUAGGCCACCAAUAGUGAAGUUCAGUAAAGCUACCCAGUUUAAAGUAUGUGCAAGACCAUACUCAAAAGAGGAAGAAAUUAAAAGAAAUGAAUUGAAAGCCUUGAUUGAUAAAAACAGACAGAGUUAUAUUAGAAAUAAACAACAAUGUCCAGUCUCUCAGAAAAAACGCGACUUGCAAGAUGUACAAAAUCAAUUUUCCAGUAUUCCUGGAACACAGGUUACAGAGCUGUUCUGCAACGAAAGAAGAGCAGUACAAAGUAAUACACUGAAUAUGUGCAAUGAAUGUGCUUACAGAAUCACACUUCCACCGUCAUACUUUCCUCGCCAUCACUUUCAUUACACAUGUGACGAAAAUGGCGACCAUUCCUGUUUUUUCGGAGAAGGUACGUGCAUCAAAAAUGUCGAAACAAAGACGUUAAAGCACGAUUUAAAUGAAGUUGGUCUUGGAAAUAUAAACCAGUGGGUGGAUCGUGCUGUUGCAUUUACUGGAUCGUGCUCCUGUCAAAUAAUCCAAAACAGUGUCUUUGACGCAUUGGUGUAAUUUCUUGGUUCAGCCUGGUUUUUAUAAGCAUGACACUAUUGACUUAAAGUGACAUGUACAAAAACAUGCACAGAAACAAAUGCACGUAUUAUAAAACUUUAUGUGAGGUAGCAAAUAAUUCAGAACAGUUCAUGGAACACCAUAAAAAGAGCUCUUAAAAUCCUUAGUUAUUAUGUUCUUAUUUUAGUCACCCAACUUGUAGUUAGCUAAUAAAAAAAACAAAAAAAAAAUACUCGGAAAUCUACCUCUGCGAAAAGCAGCUACAAUCGUUAGCUCACACAUAAACAACGAGAAAUUAUGAUAUAGACUCGUCUUCUGACCGUGGGAAACCCACAGGAAUCAAUACAGAGAUAUCUUGUGAUACCAAAACAUGGGUAAAAUACCUUAGAAAGGAAGAGGGUGGGUGGGUGGGGGUUAAGGGUUAGAAAGUGGUGUGCCAAAACUUAAAAAAGAAAAUAAUUAAAAAAAAAAAACACGAAAAAAGCGUAAAACGGAUUUAGCUGGACGGGGUAAUAACGGGCUGCUUUCUGUGUUUCCAUUUACAGCGCCGUUGCAAUAAGGUUUUUCCAAACAGGGUAUUAUGCUUGCGUGCACUGAUGUAAGCACUUCACACGGGUGGGCGACAUGGAUUACCUUUACUAAACACUUAUUCAAAUGUCACUCACAAUUAAUUAAUUUCACUGGAACUUAUUCCGCAAUUUAAUAAAAAAAUGUUUGACUGUUUUUAAUAUGACGGGUUAGGCUACAUUUCCCACAACUUUCAGCUAAAGUUGUGGGAAAUUUAUAUUUUGAAAAAUACAUUUAAAAAAGGCUGGGUUGGAUUUCCGACAUACCAUACUUUUGUACUACAGCACUCCAUCUGGUUGCGCGACACAGUUUACCCGCACUUACGCGCUUAACGUCGGGAAAGCUUUCUCACUGUAAGCGCUCCACUGGAUUUGUGUCACACCGUAAUUGUGCACUAAAAGUCAGACCUAGUUUUGUGAAACGGUUUACCUGCACUUAAGUUUGGCGUUCACCACCGAUCAAACCUUUACUUGUCAUUCAACCCGGCGCUUCGACACCGAGUCGCCGCUCCAGCUUAAAAAAUAACUUCACAUGAGAGUUUAAAAAUUAUUCAAAAGCGCUUUGUAAAAAGAAGCAAUUUAACAAAUCCGUGUGAAGUGCUUACAAUAGCAUUGCACCCAAAAUAAUUUUCUUUUUAAAAAACAAUCUGAGAACUUCGUUUUAGAUAAUGCUGCAGUGAGAGCUCGAUGUUUUUCACAGGAAGAAUGAUAACAAGAAGAAAAGACAUUAUAAUGAGAAAAUCAUCAAUGUUGAAUUUGAAUUGUUAACACCGCUUGUUAACUCGCCGCAAUCGAUUUAAAUGUCAACAGUGAAUAAACAUUGUGGCGUCAACUGUUAGUGCUAACUUGUUAUGCUUCCACGAUUAACCUCCAUGUUUUGAAUGGUGUUUAAUAAUUUUUUAGAGUAUAUUGUCAUUUUUAUAAUGUUGAAAUUGUUUUCAGAUAUUAUUACAUAGAUUCAGCAA